GAUACAGGGAGAGAGGUGUGGAGCUCACGGCGGUAUAAAAGCGUACGGAUUUUGUACGGAGCAUCACACAACCUCGGCGCCUCCGCGAGUCAACAUGAAAGCAUUCUUGGUAUUAGCUGCCGUAGCGGCACUCGGCUCGGCCAGGCCCGAGGCGGGCUACAGCUACAACGCGCCCGGCGGCGGCGGCGGUUUCUCGUCCGGCGGUGGACACGGGGGCGGUUUCUCGUCCGGCGGCGGCCAUGGAGGCGGCUUCUCCUCCGGCGGUUUCUCGUCCGGCGGCGGACACGGCGGCGGCUUCUCUUCCGGAGGCUUGAGCUCCAGCAGCUUCGGCAUCGGCGGCGGCGGCGGCGGCUUCUCAUCCGGCGGCAGCGGCGGCUUCUCGUCCGGCGGCGGCGGCGGCGGUUUCGGCGGCGGCUUCGGCGGCGGCUUCGGUGGCGCCCCCAUCGUCCAGAAACACAUCUACGUCCACGUCCCGCCCCCAGAACCCGAAGAGCAGCGCCCCCAGAUCAUCGGCGGAGGCGGCGUCCCCCAGAAGCACUACAAGAUCAUCUUCAUUAAGGCGCCCGCUCCUCCCGCCCCCGUCGCGCCCAUCAUCCCCGCUCAGGCUCAGAACGAGGAGAAGACCCUCGUGUACGUGCUGGUCAAGAAACCCGACGAGCAGCCCGAUAUCACCAUCCCGACCGCCGCCCCCACUCAGCCCUCCAAACCCGAAGUUUACUUCAUCAAGUACAAGACCCAGAAGGAGGGUGGCUCCAUCGGUGGUGGUUCUAUCGGAGGUGGAAUCGGAGGUGGAUCGAUCGGAGGUGGAAUCGGAGGUGGCUCGAUCGGCGGCUCUGGCAUCGGUGGUGGCAUCUCUGGCGGUAGCAUUGGCGGCGGCAUCGGUGGCGGACACGGCAUCUCCGGAGGCAGCAUCGGCGGCGGCAUCGGCGGCGGGCACGGCGGCAGCAUCGGCGGCGGGCACGGCGGCAGCAUCGGCGGUGGUUCCGUCAGCUCCUCGUACGGCCCCCCCGGCCAGUCCGGCCCCUACUAAACUCCGCGCCAAGCGCCCCCAUGUGAUACCUGCUUUGCCGGCGACUUAGUUUUAAGUAGAACAAAAAAUUACGGUGCCUAAAUGUAUUUAUGUAAAUAGUAAUUUUAAUGUAUCAUAAUUAAUUUUAGUUGUAUUGUAAAGUACUUUUUGCAUAAAAAAUCGAUAAACGAACGAAAA